AUGCCCAUUGAGGUCGAGUCGCCGGAGGAGUACGGCUACGAGAAGAUCAAGAACAACCUCUCCGAGAGCUCUGUGACCGAUGCCACUAUCGAGUCUCUGGGGCUCAAGAUUCCCAAUCUUACCCUUCUAUACAAUGAGCACCGCGGCAACACGCAACUACGCCAGCUGAUUGCGUCCGAUGCCAACGUGAGCGAUGGUGACGUCCUAAUCACAUCGGGGGCUGCUGGUGCGCUCUUCAUCAUUGCAACUUCCCAGCUCGGAGGCGAUGGCAUUCGCAAGCAACCCGGCAGCGCAACCGCGGCUGAUAGCCACCUGGUCGUUGUUCGCCCAAAUUAUGCAACCAACCUUGAGACCCCCAAGGCCAUCGGCUGCGAGACAACUUUCAUCGAUGUCACAUUUGAGGCAGGGUUCCAGCCUGAUCUUGCGGAGAUCGAGGCUGCUAUUAAGCCAAACACCAGAUUAGUCUCCGUCACGUGCCCGCACAACCCAACCGGCACAAGCAUGUCUGCGGAGGCUCUUACUCGAUUGGUGGCCAUUACCAAGGAACGCGGCGUUCUGCUUCUCGUCGAUGAGACUUAUAGGGACAUCAGUUAUACUCCGAAGCUGCCUGUAGCAGCCUCGUUGGCAGAUCACGUCAUCAGUGUGUGCUCUCUCUCAAAGUCCUUUGGAAUCCCCGGGAUCCGUGUUGGCUGGAUCAUCACAAAGAACAAGCAGCUCCAGGAGACGUUCCUCGCAGCCAAGGAGCAAAUCAGUAUCAGCGGAAGCGUGAUUGACGAAUGGAUUGCUGAGCAGGUCUUGUCUCAGCGGGAGUCCAUCCUAGGCAAGACCCAGGAGGAGAUGAAGGCACGGCUUGCGCUGGUGGAAGCAUGGAUCAGCCAAGAGGAGCUUCUCGAAUGGGUCAAGCCGACGGGUGGUGUCGUCUGCUUCCCCCGUAUGAAGAAAGAGCCGGCGGGCGGCCUGGCAAGCUUCUACGAGAGACUGUUGAAUAAGUAUGGCACAUACGUUGGGCCUGGCCAUUGGUUCGGUCUCUCAGACACCUACUUCCGUCUGGGAUACGGAUGGCCCUCACGGGACCAGCUGGAGGCUGGGAUGAAGGCGAUUUCCCAAGCAUUGAGGGAUGAAGAUACAUGA